AUGUCUUUUCAUUCUUUCCCCGAGCCCGAAGAAGACGGAGAUAAUAUUAAUACGAGUUCGUCUAGUAAUAAUUCGCGUAAAUCAGAUUCCGACACUGAGCAUGUGUGUUUCGUUUCACCGUCAUCAACAACAACUUUCAUCAAGGCGUACACAUUUAACAAACACAAUGAAUUUGUCAAGGAUUAUGAUGAGCUCAAAACCGAUCCAUCGUUGAGACGUUUUCUAAAUAUACGCCCACCGACGAUAGCACGUAACUUAUUUAAAACAAGUGAUAUUGUUCGUCAAAAAUUGGAAAAGUUAUCGCUAGCUGUUGGGAAAUGUUUUUUUCUCGAUUCGAACGGAACGUGCGAUUUUACAAGCUAUCGAAUAACACCGAUUAUUAAACCAAACGAUAAUUCACCAUCGUUUUUUAUUGCUGCCACAUGUGCUCAUCCAUAUUUAAAAACGGAUGAACAGUUGGGUUCCAAUCAAAAAAUAUUGAAAUAUGUGUAUUCAAAUAAUCUGUCAGCACCAACAGAAACGCUCAUAUUUGACGAUAAAGCCAAAAUAUUUGAAAUCUUUGAAUACGAAAAAAAAAUCAUUUUAGAUAAAACAAUUUAUGAAUUGGAUCAGAGUCCGAAUGCCAAUCAAGAAACAACAAACCCUCAUUUAGCCACACAGCCAUGGCGAUUAAACGACUUUUUGUUUAUAAAAGUGUAUGAUGAAGGUGAUGAACAAAUCCCCUUUUUUCAACCAACCUCAUCUGACAUUAUUCCACAAGAGUCAGUUGCGUUGAUUGGUUAUCCUAGCGGCGUUGAGGAUGUAUUCAAAUAUGAAAAGCAAGGAUUCGUUGUAAAGUUCGACAAAGACAAAAAUGAUAUUAAAGAAAAAAUUCGGCAAUGUUUCGGUAAUUGGCAACAGAAAAUUUGUACCGUCGGUGAAAUACGUUCAGUGGAUGAUCCAGCGAUAUGCAAAGUUCGACCACAUGAUGCAUCUGCAGAAAGUGGAAUGUCUGGUUGUCCUGUUAUAAGUCUUAAUUUGCUGUUCAGUGAUUCAAAUACUAGUUUAUUAGGUACAAAUAUGGGUUUAUUCGCGUGUAAUAAAAAAUGCAACAAUUUCUUAACUGUCCAUCAGCCAGCAUGGGCUGCCUAUUAUGGUUUGUUGGUUUAUCCAUUAUUGGAUCCUCAAACACAAGACCAGUUAUUGCCAUGGUAUCGUAAACACGAGAAUGAAAUUAACAAAUUUCAAGCCGCAGUUCAGAAUUCCAAAAUACAAAAAAGGUGA